CACCUGCUCCACAGACGCAGCGGGUCGGCGGCAGGGGACGCGGUGAGCGGCGGGCUCGGCCGGGGCGGACGAGACGGAGGGCAAGAGGCGGGAGAGGCUGGAGCCCAGCUAUGAAGUCUUACACUCCGUAUUUGAUGCUCCUGUGGAGUGCGAUUGGCGUAGCCAGGGCUGCCAAAAUCAUCAUUGUGCCGCCAAUUAUGUUUGAGAGCCACUUGUACAUUUUCAAGACACUAGCCUCAGCCUUGCACGAGAGAGGCCACAACACAGUAUUCCUCCUCUCGGAAGGCAGAGAUAUCGCCCCAUCUAAUCACUACAGUCUCCAGCGGUACCCAGGAAUCUUCAACAGUACCACCUCGGAUGCUUUCCUGCAGUCCAAAAUGCGGAAUAUUUUUUCCGGGAGAUUGACAGCGAUGGAACUGUUUGACAUUCUGGAUCACUACACUAAGAACUGUGACAUGAUGGUUGGCAACCAAGCCCUAAUCCAGGAUCUGAAAAAAGAAGAGUUUGACCUGCUGCUGGUUGACCCCAAUGAUAUGUGUGGAUUUGUGAUAGCUCAUCUCUUAGGAGUUAAAUAUGCUGUAUUUUCAACUGGCCUUUGGUACCCUGCUGAAGUAGGGGCUCCAGCUCCUUUAGCUUAUGUCCCAGAGUUUAACUCACUUCUCACAGACCACAUGAAUUUGCUGCAAAGGAUGAAAAAUACUGGCAUUUACCUCAUUUCCAGAAUAGGGGUUAGCUUUCUGGUUCUUCCCAAAUACGAGAGGAUAAUGCAGAAAUACAACCUGCUGCCUGCAAAGUCCAUGUAUGAUCUGGUUCAUGGGUCCAGCCUAUGGAUGCUCUGUACUGACGUGGCCCUGGAGUUCCCAAGACCCACCCUGCCUAAUGUUGUGUACGUAGGAGGAAUCCUUACAAAGCCGGCCAAUCCACUGCCAGAAGAUCUGCAGAGCUGGGUAGAUGAUGCUCAGGAACAUGGCUUUGUCCUGGUAUCUUUUGGAGCUGGUGUUAAGUAUCUGUCAGAAGACAUUGCUAACAAGCUGGCUGGAGCUCUGGGGAGACUGCCUCAGAAAGUGAUUUGGAGGUUUUCUGGAACCAAACCAAAGAAUCUAGGAAACAACACUAAGCUCAUCGAAUGGUUGCCGCAAAAUGACCUGCUUGGGCAUUCAAAUAUCAAAGCCUUCCUAAGCCAUGGUGGUUUGAACGGUAUUUUUGAAAGUAUGUAUCAUGGUGUACCUGUAGUCGGAAUCCCACUCUUUGGAGACCAUUAUGACACUAUGACCCGGGUACAGGCAAAAGGCAUGGGAAUCUUGCUAGAGUGGAAGACAGUUACUGAAGGAGAGUUGUAUGAGGCACUGGUGAAAGUUAUCAAUAAUCCCAGCUAUCGACAGAGGGCUCAGAAGCUGUCAGAAAUUCACAGGGAUCAGCCUGGUCACCCUGUCAAUCGGACUACCUAUUGGAUAGAUUAUAUUCUUCGCCAUGAUGGAGCCCACCACCUGCGUUCCGCUGUCCAUCAGAUCUCGUUCUGUCAGUACUUUCUGCUGGAUAUCGCCCUGGUGCUGUUGGUUGGUGCUGCCUUGUUAUAUUUUCUUUUGUCCUGCGUGAUAAAAUUUAUCUACAGAAAAAUCAAAAGUCUGUGGUCUAGAAGUAAGCAUAACACAGUUAAUGGACAUUACCAAAAUGGAAUCCUUAAUGGCAAAUACAAAAGAAAUGGCCAUAUUAAACAUGAAAAGAAGGUGAAAUGAACCAGCAGCCCAGGUGAUGGAAACAAGGUGUUCAGUCAUUGGUUUGUAUUGCUAUGCAUUAGUCUAACAGCUACUAAAAGUAAAAUGUCAGUAACAGUUCUAGCACUCCCUUAGCAAAUCUUACUAAUGAAAUGCUGUGGAUAUGAUGGUAAAGAGCACAGACCUAAGUCCAAAAAUGCAUUUUAUUCAAAUACCGAUUCAGAGACUUGACACUGAGCCUUUUAGAAGCCUUAAUUAUUUAAAUCAAUUAAGUGACUGUGUCAGACCUUAGUUGUAAAUGUUAUGUGUGCAUUACAGAUGAGGAAUGGUGUUUUUUUUCUUAAUACUGUGUGUGUGGGUGUGCGCGCGCGCGUGCGCACACGUGUCUUCUGCCAUAGAGAAUUUUAGCUGACUGCUUGUUGUAUUCCUUGAAAGUACAGCAUAUUCAGGAAUGAAGCAGAGAAACAGGGCCCAAAUGUUUCUCUUCCGAUGUUUAGCAUGUGUGAACUUAGAUCACUACUCAGUGCAAAGGUGAAUGACACAGUUUUUGUAUUUUGGGUUAUUUUAGAUGUUUUAUUUGUUUUGUAUUACCCUUUUCUUAUCUACUAUGGACACCUGGAGGAAACAUUUAAUGUCAUAAAUGAGUAAAUCAGUUGUUAUAUUUUGCUUGUGUUUUCCUCAUACCGAUAAUUUUUCUUUGAGAGAAUUUUAUAAUUAUUUCUGUUGUAUUUUAAUAAGUAACAGGUUAAAUGCAUAAUUAAGAUGAAACAACAAAGCUCUGACUUUUCAUCCAAAUACUGAAGAUUAUUGCUCACCUGGCAGUUUGAGACAGGGUCACUGGCUUUUUCGUAAGUAGCAUUUUGAAUAUUCAGGCUUCACAGUUCCAAAAUUUUGCCUUUACAAUACCAUCGUCUUUAUUCCUUCUAUUGUCGAGGUCACACAAUCUAAUACAUGGGUGCCAACAUUUAGUUCUUUUAAGCAAAACAUUUAUGAUUACUCUUCCUGGUAGGUGCUCUGUCUGCAGGGGCUGGAGGUGCUUGGUAGCAAGGCAGACUUCACAUGCUACACAGGAGUGACAGGAUUGAGUGGAAUGACCUGUAUAUGCAAAUAACUUCCCAUUUCCCUCCGCACUACUUCAGCCCCAGCUCUGCAGCUGCUUCUGGUCAAUGUGUCUGACGUGCAACGGUGACAGUAUUCAUUUGGAACAGGGAGGCCCAAGUGACAACCCUCGUAAAUCAGGACCUCUCUGCUACACCACUCACUAGAUACAACUGUAAGCUUACUCCAAACCACUCUGUUUACUCAGCCUUUGCAGUACACAUGCUGAGUGUGUGCUUUAUUUAUUUGUGGUUGGAAAGCCCACAUCUACACUUGAGAGUUGAAAAAUGAAAUAUGUACUUAAUAUCAUUCACUAACAUGGAAGAGUCAUGAGAGCUCUAGAAUGCUGUAAAAUCUUGUCAUACACUAUGACAUACAACUUCAUGACAUGCCCACCAGGAGCCACUCUCCUAGUCUUAGAAAUAUUAUCUCUGUAAUUUUCUAAUGCACAGUGAAGAUAAGUGUACUGCUUUUGGCAUACUUGAAGAAAUGGUACUAUACAUAUAAACCCAUUCGUUAUAUCUCUUCACAAUCUUAUCACCAUGUUGCCCUUAUAAGGGGAGAAAGGCACAGGCAGUGAAUGGUGGGGUGGUAACAAGAUGUAGAGUGUAUGAAUGAAUUGAUUUUACUUUUUUGGCAUUUGAUGAAGUUGACAGUAGGCACUGACUAGAUGAUUAAGCAUAAGUUAAUUUCCACUGUGAUUAAAAAUCUUAAACAAUAAAUGAUUGAAAAUAGAGAAAUGUUGUUGGAAUAAAAUUUUUAUUCCUGUUUUUAUUUCACAGUAUUAUAUGUAGGGAUGUAUUCACUAUAAACAUGUUUCUAAGG